CGGUCAUGUAAUCAGCUGUGUCCAAUCACAGCUGAUCUCAUGGGACAUCUACACUGAUCACCAGGGCACUGCUGAUCAGUGCGCCUUGAUGAUCAGUGUAGCCCCAUCAAUGCCAGCUGUCAGUGCUCAUCAGUGCCACCUGCCAGUGCCCAUCAGUGCCACAUCAAUGCCAUAUAUCAGUGCCUACCAGUGCACAUCAAUGCCAAAUAUCAGUGCUCAUCUGAGCUGCCUUUCAGUGCCACCUAACAGUGCCAGUCAGUGCCACCUAUCAGUGCCAUAUAUGAGUGCUGCCAUUCAGUGCCCAUCAGUGAUGCCUGUCAAUGCCCAUCAG